GUAAGAUUACACUUUUUUUCCAACACAGACGUCAGAGUAUCGGGCAAGGACGGCUAAAAAAAGGAAAGCAGCUCGCAGCUCAGAUAAGACCAAGGAUGUUAAGAUGAAGGGUUACUAGUAGCUCUCCGAUUGCUCUCGCUGUGUUGUCCCCCAAAUCUGCUUUUGUGUAUCUGUAUAAAUAUUGGGUGGAAUCAAUAGCGAGGAAACAGUACCAUCUUAGGCACUUUUAUGUGAGAGCGAGAGCAAUCGCAAACGAACGCAGCACACACCACUCACACGGCCACUUAUUUCCUACAGCCCCGCACCUCCAAAAGGAAAACAAAGCUCGCGAGACUUGUAUAUAAGGGCCGAGUAGGGGACUGACAUCUUCGCAGACCAUCGGUUGCAAAGGACCAUUCAAGCAAAGAUUGUUAAUUGGUGACUUAUGCGGCUCGUCUUGGCCAAUGGCAAUGCGAGUAAGUGAAGGGAGGCGGGUACUCCCAGCCUAGCCGGGGAGGCUCGUGGUGCCUGAAGUCAACUAUUGCCCUGGGAGGGGUUUUUUUUUCUUUUUCCUCCUCCUGCACGGCAUCCAGAAGGCAACCUCUCUCGGCUGACGGCGGCGUUAACGGCGAGCGGGGGUUCCGUCGCAAUUGCGCACUCUGGAAUCCCCCGUGCAGGAGCGGCGAUUCUGCGGUCCAAGCCGAUCAGCUGGGACUCAGGAGGCAGCAAUAGAUUGGGCGUGGAGCUAAAUAAAAGAACAUAACAGAUUGAACAGAUUAAAAAACUCCAUUCUACAACAACAAAAUCUUCAGUAAUACAAUGUCUUUGCCAGCUUUACAAUGAUUAGAAAUGACUGGGCAGUUGUCUACUACUGGCUAAGCAACAUUCAUUGGAAUAUCUGGUCUUUAAGCCACAAAAUUUGAAUGUGGAACCUUGGUCAAAUCUUCACAGUGUGAUGUUGAAAUGAGAUGAGGCUCCGAAAUGGAACUGUGGCCACUGCAUUGAUUUUCAUCACAUCUUUCCUCAGUUUAUCAUGGUAUACAGCAUGGCAGAAUGGAAAAGAAAAGCUCAUUGCUUAUCAAAGAGAGUUUCAUGCUUUGAAGGAACGCCUUCGCAUAGCUGAACAUAGAACCUUGCAACGUUCUUCUGAAUUAAAUACCAUCUUGGAGCAGUUCAGACAGGCAGUAGCAGAAACAAAUGGAAGUAAGGAUGCAUUAAGCAGCGUUUCAGAUGAAACAUUAAAGUUGUUAAAUGAACUGACAAGCAGAAAAUCUCUUCAAGUGCCAAAUAUAUAUUACCACUUGCCUCAUUUGUUGAAAAAUGAAGGAAGCCUUCGACCCUCUGUACAUGUUGGUCUCGGACGAACAGGAGUUUCUAUAGUAAUGGGUAUUCCAACUGUCAAGAGAAAAGUAAAAUCUUACCUUACUGAAACUCUUCACUCGCUGAUUGAUAAGCUGUCACCUGAAGAAAAAUUGGAUUGUGUUAUGAUUGUAUUCAUAGGAGAGACAGAACUUGAGUAUGUAAAUGGUGUUGUGGCAAACCUUGAAAAAGAGUUUUCUACAGAAAUUCGUUCUGGUUUAGUGGAAAUAAUAGCUCCUCCUGCGUUUUACUAUCCAGACAUGAAAAAUCUAAAAGAGACAUUUGGAGAUUCAAAAGAAAGAGUCAGAUGGAGGACAAAGCAAAAUCUGGAUUACUGUUUUCUUAUGAUGUAUGCACAGAAAAAAGGUGUAUACUACAUUCAGCUUGAGGAUGACAUCGUUGUCAAGCAGAAUUAUUUCAGCACAAUAAAAAAUUUUGCACUUCAGUUGUCAUCAGAAGACUGGAUGAUUCUAGAAUUCUCUCAGCUGGGGUUCAUUGGUAAAAUGUUCCAGUCUCCAGAUAUUACACUCAUUGUAGAGUUCAUACUUAUGUUUUAUAAAGAGAAACCAAUUGACUGGCUCUUGGAUCACAUUCUUUGGGUGAAAGUAUGCAAUCCGGAGAAAGAUGCAAAACAUUGUGAUCGCCAGAAAUCGAAUCUCAGAAUAAGGUUCAGGCCUUCACUUUUUCAGCAUGUGGGUCUACAUUCUUCCCUAGAAGGAAAGAUUCAAAAACUCACAGAUAAAGACUUCUUGAAACCAUUAUUGCAUAAAAUUCAUGUGAAUCCACCAGCAGAGGUUUCUACAACAUUAAAAGUCUAUCAAGGGCAUGCUCUUGAAAAAGCCUACAUGGGUGAAGACUUUUUUUGGGCUAUUACACCAGUUGCUGGAGAUUAUAUUUUGUUUAAAUUUGACAAGCCAGCUAAUCUAGAAAGAUUCCUGUUCCAUAGUGGCAAUCCAGAACAUCCAGGGGAUAUAUUGGUCAAUACAACUGUGGAAGUAUUACCUCUUAGGAAUAAAGAGCUGGUAUUAAGCAAAGAAACCAAAGAGAAACGGUUAGAAGAUGGUUAUUUCAGAAUAGGCAAAUUUGAAAAUGGCAUAGCAGAAGGAAUAGUCAAUCCCAAUCUAAAUCCAAUUACAGCUGUCCGGCUGUUUGUCAUACAAAAUUCAUCCGUCUGGACAAUUAUAAAUGAGAUUCAUAUUAAAAAACUCCCCAACUGAUCAAUAUUGAAGAAGUAAGAAGACAGAUUUUGAACACUUUUGCAAAAUCGUCCAAACUGCAGAAGGAAGAUAUUGAGUAUGCACCUUAAUUCAACUCAAUUUUCUCACUGAAAUACUACCUCCCGUGAAUUCUACUGUAAUUGAGAAUAAAGACUCAGCAAGAAGGAUUGAUUACAACGUAGAAACUGAUAUUCACCUGGCAUUCUUUAUCUAGAUUAAUAAUUUGAACAUGAGUUCGGUUGGCUAGGGAGCACAUAAAUUCUCCUUGGUCUAUCCAAUGGUGAUGGGUUAAGUACAUAGAAGGUGUACAUAUUGUUACAUUCCUUGGAAAUGAGAAAAAGGUGUUAAAAUGCAUUUUAUGAAGAGGGUACUUUUUGAAAGUCCAUUUAUUUUGUUAUUGAAAACCCUCUUUUAUAGAUUAUCAGGGAUAUAUAUUCAAAAAUUUUAGGGUAUUUAAUUUAUUAAAUAAUUUGAAAAGUACAUAUUUUUAUGCCAAUAAUAACUUGAUUAAGUUUUUUUUAAUGUAUUAUCUUACUUCUUGAGUUAGCUGUACAUUUUACUUGGUUAAUGAUCAUAUUUUGUAAUAUAUUGCCAUGGUCAGAAGAGUUAAAUUGAAUUUGCCAAUGAAGCACUUUUGUACCAGACCAGGUUCUCCUGCACAAAUCCCACCGAAAUAAGAAGGGUUUACACAGAAGAACAUCCUCAUGAGAGGUUCACAGAAUUACAGAUAUGGUGUUCAAAGAUACAAACAUGGCGCGCAAGGACUUUGAAGAACAUUACCUAUGAUUUUCAUAGCCCUGGAAUUAAGGAAUUUUAUAUUUCAAUAGAGUGAAUGAAGUCUGCAGCAAUUUAAAGUUUGAAUCAUUCCCCAUUAAAGGGGUACUUUGAUAACAGGUUGUUCUUUUUUAAUCUUUGUAAAGUUUUCUUCAAUGCAAUCAGCCAAGUUGCUCCUUUGGAUAGCAAUGCCUUCUGAAAUCAACUUUUUUUUUUUUUUGCAUCCCCUUUUCAAUGAACUCUGCUCAGUGCUUUUGAAUGAUUUAAUUUAGCAUUAUGUUAGGGAUAAUGGAAUAGAUACACAGUAACCUCAGCUGAGCUUUUAUAAUUGUAACUUUGUCAGUCCUUAAAUGUGGAAGUGAUUUCUAUUUCUUAAGAUCCAGCUUCUGCUUAAAAGCAUUGCACUCCAGUUGACUGAAGCAAGACUCCUGUGAUCUAAAUGCUUGUUGUCUUUUGUAUGUCAAAGAAAAAAGAUGUUUGCUUGGUCAGUAGCCUUGAAGAGAGGCAAUUCAAGCACUUUGUGCUCUGUAGCACAGAAAACAUGCAAUAGUAAAGUAAUAAUAGUAACAAAAAAAAAAUUCUUAUCUAACUCCAGCCAAGUUAUGAAAAGCAAGGCUUUUUUUUUUCUUAGUCCUGUGACUCACACAGGUAAAUCUUCAAUAGUGAUAACUUGUAUUGUGAGUUAAUUCUUAGAUAUUUCUGUGUCUCGGAUGUAAGUUUUUGCCAAAAAUCAGUGUCUCUCUUGCCUUCUAUCAAAUAUAGAAAUGAUUUGUAAUGUAUUGAGUGGAUUGGAUAUCUGUUUUCUAUUUGAGUCUAUGAAGAGUCCAUCCACUUCUAAAGAAAAGAAAGAUCACAGUAUGAAAAAAUACUUGAAUUGUUUCAAAUUAUUCAAGAUUUGAGAUUGCUUUGAUUUUAAUUAGAUGGACCUUAUAUUUAUGAAAUAGUUUUGCUGAAAUUCUUUGUUGGUUGGGGAUGUAUGCAUACAGAAAUGCUUGUAUGACAUACUAGCUAAGUUAUGAAUUUGAAUAUUACUACUUCUAUAAAAUUAAUGGAUGGCCUGUACCUAUUCCAAAAUGGAAGGAAUAGUAAUAAUGGCCUAUUUUACAGACAUAUAUUAAACUAAUGAAGAACUCUGAUUCCUAAAUGUUCUAUAAAUCUUAAAUGUUAAAAUUAUUUUUAGAUAACCUGUAAGCUGCCUGUAAUACUGAACACUAAUUGAAUGUGUAUUUAAUAUUGACAUGCCACGUUGAGGUGGGUGGGUAGGGUAAGGGGUAUUUAUGCUAAACUUAAUAAUGAUAAUCAAGAAUAAGAUUUUCCUACCCAAAAAUAAUGUUGGGUAGGAAAAACAUAGAGGAUUGGUGAGAAACUGUUCAAAAUAUGUACCUUUUCUUUAUAUGGAAAAGGGAAUAACGUGUAUGAAAAUAUUCAUUUCCGUAUUUUAAGUUUGCUAUGAACAAGUUGUAAAGCUAUAUAAUCACUUGUCCUAGCUCAAGCUAAUAUAGCAGAUCAGUGAUAUAUGAGUCUCUGCCUCAUAAAUGUGAGAUUUUCUAUCCCCAGCAGCUUAUUCCAUUGCAGUUUGUGUAGGUUUAUUAACCUUUUGUAUUUAAUUUAAAAAUUAGUCUGAAUCUUAGAUCUAAAUGUAAUUUGCUGUUCUCUCCCAAAGACCAAUAGAUCACUUCCUCCCAUUGAAUGUAUGGUCUUUGGGGAAAGUCUCUCUCUCCAAAAUCAGUAGCCAAUUGAUUUAACAGUAACCCAGAAAUCAAGUGAUGUCCUCCAAUGCAACUUUAGGCAUACUUAAUCAGAUGCAAUAUUUCCUGUAUUCAGUAGUAUUCUACUUUGCAGUAUUACAGUUGUAAUGUUUUAAUCCUUAACUUUAAAUCUCUACAAAUAGACAACUGUCUUAGGUAUAAACCAUUCCAUGUAAUAAAGAAUUGCACAGAUAAGGAGGUACACUAGCAAAGUGUUCCUGUACUGCCAACAGGAAAUGAGAAAAAGUAAUGAAUGUCAAUUCUUUAUACUGCCAGCUUUAAAGAUCCAACAGGCCAAGGAUAAAUCAGGUAAUAAUGCCCAUCCCCCCCAAGCAAUUGGCCAGUUGUAUAAGGAUAUCUAAAUGGACCAAUAAACAUCUAUGUGGAUUAAUGCUCUAAUGAAGAAAAGAGCUUGUGUACAAUUAUCCACCACUUGAGCUAUAGUAAUAGAAUUAUCUUAAUGGUCUUGUCUUAGCAUCAUUCUAAAUACAUUCAUUUCAUUUGAUGUUAUAGUAGAGAUUAUUAAAAAUAAUUUCAAAUGCUUUCUUUUAUUUUCUAGUGGAAGAUUUAGAUUAUUGUUUUUUAAGUAUAACAGUGAGACAGGCAAUGUAAUGAUUAAGGCAUUAGACCAGAAACUGGGAGACCCCGAAUUCUAAUCCUGCCUUAUGCAUGAAGCUAGAUGAGUGAUUUUGGGCAGUCUCCCCCCCUCCUACCUUAGCCUAGAAGGAGUCAAUAGCAAUCCACUUCUGAAAUCUUGCUAAGAAAACUGCAAAGGCUUGUCCAGGCAAUCACCACAAGUCAGUAUAAUACUGACUUGAAAGCCAGAUGCAAAAAACAAACAAACAAAAAAAAACAAUAUGCAUUGAGUUGGUGCUUAGAAUAAUCUCACUGAACGGAAUAUGCAAAAAGCUUCUUGCUUUCCAAUAACCGUGACUCUUUCAUCAGGACAUGAGUGCAACUAUAAUAUAUUAGAUAGUCCUCAGUGUAAAAUCACAAUUGGGACCAGAAUUUCUGUGGCUAAAGAAGGCAGUGGUAAUGUAUGGUAAUCCUGCCCAAUUUUAUAGCUUUUUUUUUUUUUGCCACUUAAAGCAAAUCACUGCAGUUCUAAAGUGAAUCUGGCUUCCCCCAUUGACUUUGCUUGUCAGAAGCCGGCUGGGAAGGUUGCAAAUAGUGAUCACAUGAUCCCAGGAUCCUACAACCAUCGUAAAUACAUGCCAGUUGCCAAACACCCAGACUUUGAUUGGUGAAUGUGUGGAUGCUGCAACGGUUGUAAGUGUGAGGACCAAUUAUAAGGCACUUUUUUCACUGCCAUUGUAACUUCAAACACUUGCUAAACCGUUGUAAGUCAAGAAUUAUCUAUAUCUCACUAGGUUGUUAGGUUGUUAGAAAAUAGGUUCAGUAGAAAAUUCUCAGUUGGUGACUUAACAAACAAGUAUAUCCUGAUACUUUGGAGUAGAUAAUAACAUCCUUUAGCAUCCAAAUUUCCAAAAAAAUCCAAAUUUCUAAAAUGGGAAUUUAAUACAUGGUAGUAGGCUUAUUUUUAGUUCAAAAAUCAUUCCAAGUUUUCCAAUAAAAUGUGUGAUAACUGCCCAGAAUUUUGUUUAGAAGAGUGCCUAGAAGGUAGCAUUUUGGUGGAUCAGUACUUUGGUAUAGGUUUCCUCAUAGUAGCCAUUUUGAGAGUAGGCCAAUGCUCUUCCCAGAUUUCACCAUGCUUGGGUUCUCAUACAUUCUCAGCUUUCUAAAUAUAUCAAUCAUCCCAAACUCCUGAUACAAUUAUCUUUUCUUAUAUUUUCUACUGACAUUCAUAUUUUCUUAAAAUAAAUGCAGCUGAACUAAAUGUUCAAGUUGUUGGCAUUCUUUAUUUUACUGAAAUAUUAAAUCUUAGCCGUUGAUAAUUAAGCAUAGUUAUUUUUUAAAUAUAAAUAGGUGUCUGGAUAUUUCUGGUGCUUAAAACAUCCCUGUUUUUUAAAAGAGCUUUUAAAAGAGGUUUUUUUUUCCCUAAAGCUUUUGAAAUUCUUCCUGCAAAAGUACAAAUAUUACUUCAUGCCCCUUCUUGCCUAUUAGGUCUCAAAUUCAGUCUACUUCCUCCUUCUGGAGAAAGGAACAGCUUGUAUAUUACUUGAAUUAUGGUGUUUUGAAGAUGCUAUUUUGAUUGUCAGUAGAAACCAAUUUACUGGUUAAAAACAUUUAGAGUUGCCCUACUCCGUUUUUGACUCUGUCAGCUUUCUAGUUGUGCUUCUGUUCUUGUGCUUGUAAAAUGUGAAUCAUCAUCCUACAGCCAGAUUUCUUGGCAUUCUCCAUGAUAUGGUUAAGCAUUUUCAUUACUUGUAACAUUUUUCUAGAGCUAGAUUUUGAUAUUGUUAAUCUUGCUGCUACAUUUGAAAAUCUAACUGGGUCAUGUUAAUUGUGCCUUUCAUCAAUGCGCUAUGUGCCAUGAGCUGCCCAUGUACUAUUUGAAAUAAAUAUUUUAAAAAACUGC